AUGAAGAAGGCGUCCAGGUUCCUGAAGCAGCUGUUCUCGGCCAUCGUGGCGGCGGUGAGGGAGAGGUCUGCGGCGACGCGCGCCAGGACGAGCGCCGCGCGGACGCGGUUCGUCUUCUUCGGCAUCCUCCGCAACAAGCAGCUCCUGAGGAACGCCAUCAACAGCAAGAUCCACGCGAUCGUGGGGGGCGGCAGCGGCAGUGGCCAGCACCUUGUUGCGGCGAGCGGCGGCGGCAGGACGGUCGCCGUGCUGGAGAAGCUGCCGAGCUUCGUCGCGGAUCAGGGGAGGAGGGCCGCCGUGCUGCUCAACAGCCUGCCGAGCUUCGCCAUGGGCCGGGACGGCGGCAGCGACUCGCCGCUGGUCGGCGGCGGCGAGGAGCAGAAAGAGGAGGGCGACGAGGGCGUGGCGAAGCAGCUGCAGCUGGCGAGCGCGCCGGUGGGCGGGUCGGUGAUCGAUCUGGCCCGCGGCGCGGCGGAGCGGGGCGGCGCGGAGUUCAGGCUGGAGGACGAGAUAGACCACGUCGCCGACGUGUUCAUCAGGAGGUUCCACGACCAGAUGAAGCUGCAGAAGCUCGAGUCGUUCAAGAGGUUCUGCGAGAUGCUCGAGAGAAACUAA